AUGGCCGAACAAACUCAACCCGCUGCCGCUGCUCCCGCUUCUACCGGUCAACAAGACUACCUUGACAAGGGUGUUGACAUGGGACUCAAGAAAGCUGGUCACGGUCAAGACGCCAGUAAGACCGAGAAAAUCUCUGAUGGUGUUAGAUCAGGAUUCAAGAAGCUCACCGGAAAGGAUGUUCCUAUCGCUGAUAAGCAGUAA